CGCCCCCGCCUGAUCCCACGGCCCGCCCCCGAUGUCCUCGCUCAGUCUCACCAGAGACUGGCUUCACUCCGUCCUCCGCCCCUUCCCCGCCCGUGAGACCAUCACACAGGAGGUCCUCUACGUCCUCCAGCAACGCCGCACCCUCGCCGUCAAGACAGACGCUUUCACCUUUGACUCGGGACAUACCGCGCUUCUUCUCCUCCUCCAUGGAACGCUCCCAGUCACCUACCGUGGCGCCAUCUACCAGAUACCCAUACAUCUCUGGGUACCUCAUGAGUACCCACGCGCUCCUCCCUUAAUCUUUGUAAUGCCAACCAAGGACAUGGGUGUGAGGAAAAGUAGAGAGGUUGAGCCAUCAGGCAGAGUCAGAGAGGAAGUCGUGGAGGGAUGGUGGAGGGCUUGGGAGGUUAAGAAUCUUGACAUGCUAUUGAAACAUUUAGCAGAUGUGUUUUCAGCUGCACCACCGGUAUAUGCUAAGCCAUCCACACCUUCCCAGAGUCAAGGCUUGCCACCCGGGGCUCGCACAUCAACUCCAGAGGGGCAAACAGGAGCCCCUCAGCCCCCAAUUCCCGUUACCCGGCCGACCUUUGGUCAUCCGAAUCCAGAAAUACUUCCCGUUUACAGAUCAGCACCAACUCCGCCGCCUCAUCCAUACUCCCAUAAUCCCACCCGUCAACUCUCUCCGCCGACGUCUUCCGCGCCGCAACAUGUUCAAACUCCUAGAGAAUCACAAUAUAUGUCAAAUCAACCUCGCCAAACCCAAUCUCCAAGCCCGUCGGCAUCUGCUCCUCCUGUUCCUCAGAGACCUUACUCCGGUGUAGGUCCAUUACCUCAAGUUGCAGGGUCACUCCAGCAGCAUUAUACAGGACCCCAACAGGUAUGGCAAGGAGUACCUGCAUCAAGGCCACCACCUCCAGCUGGUAUGAUGAGCUCCCAAAGUACAGCAGCAGGACAACCCUGGCCCAUUCCAUCAGGCGAGAAUGGUAAUAAUGCUGUUCAUCCUAGUCAACAGAUAAACCAUCCCCCGUCUCAUCCACAUCAGGCUCAGAAAUCUCAAAGCCUUCCAGUGCCACGGCAACCCCCACAGGAUCUUUUAUCUUCCCCUGGAACACAACCCACGGUCCUCAGCAACGAAUCGGAUGGUGCAUCCGGCCCUCCACCUAUUCCGCCUUCGAAACCCCCUCCUCCCUCCCUCCUGCACCUUCACUCCAUCCUUCUCCCACACCUCAACGCGUCCCUGCCUCCUCUCAUGAACUCUCUUCAUUCAUCCGUGGAGCACCUGAGAGCAAGGCAAGAAGAUUUAGUGACUGGUGAACCGGCGAUACGAGAUGAGAUGGCGAGACUUGAGGCUGUGAAAAAGGUGUGCGAUUCAGUGGGCAAGAAAAUGGAGGAAGUGGUUGCCAAGGGCGGAGAAAGGGUCGCAGACCUGGAAUCCAAGGGCGAAGUGGCGGUCGACGAACUUGUGUGUGGGAUCUCCAUUGUACACAAUCAGCUAGUGGACUUGGUAGCGGAAGAUAACGCCAUCGAAGAUACAAUUUACCAUAUGACUCGAGCCCUUGACGCGGAACGCGUCGAUCUUGACCGAUAUCUCAAAUCCAUCAGGUCACUGGCAAGAGAACAGUACAUGAAAAGGGCGCUCAUAGAGAGGAUUCUUCAAGGGAUGGGUCAGAAGCAAGGAUGGUGAGAUGUAAAGGGCUAUGCAUAGUUUGAAGACCAGCAAGGAUCUACUUUUUCGUCAGAUCACUAUGGGCGAUUAAUCCGGCUUUGAGGAUCAUUCAGUAUCUGAUAACUGGGAUUAGAAAGUUGAUGAUACCCACGAUAGACAUAGCGUUGAUUAGCGACUGUUGUCACAUGGACUCC